UAAAAGUAAAUGUAACUUAACAUAAAUAUUGGGAUUUUAAAUUUUAAAUGUCCUUAAAAUUUUAUUUGAAAUGCCUAAAUUUUCACUUGGUAUCCAAUCGGGAAACAUUUUUAAACAAAUUUUAUAACCAUAAGUUAAAAAAAUUAGUGAGUGUCACUCGAUGGUUUCCAUCUUUUCCGAAAACAUAUUUCAAUCUAGCAGCAACAAUCACGCCAAUUUGUGGUGAAAAAAAAUUUAGUAAGAACUCGAAUUCAAAUUGCGAUCGCAGGAAAACCUUAUUAGGAAGCCCCAAUGAUCGUCAAAAACUGCUAAAUUUCUCUUUUUGUCCAUCUUCCCAAUCGUCAUCAUUCUCUACGUCGUCAUCAUCGUCGUCGUUGUCAUCUUUUGAGAAUGAGGACUUAUCCGAUCAUUUAUUUGACCUAAUUAGUGAAAACAACAGCGUAUCAUGUUCCGAAAUUAUAAGAAAUCUUGCCGCCUGUGGACUCUGGCACAACGAUCCCCGCCUAGCUAAAUUUUAUGUCAGAUUGGAAAACAGAAAGAAGACUAGCAUACUGCCAACCUUUCAUGAAUACGAUCGUUUAAGUCGAGAAACAUUUAAAUGGUUGGUUGAAGGAAGUGAAGUUUUGAUAAAAAAAGCUCUCUGUGACGAGUUCAUAAUUCCGGAUUUCAUUCGUUUUUGCAAAACUUUGAAUGAGAUCUACAGAGAUUGUAGGACAAAUUGGGGAGGGUCUUCAUCCGCCUGGCCUCACGAAGACAACAAAUCUUUGGGGCACCUAAAUUUUGCGGGUAGUGGGUCUGAUUAUUGGGGGGUAUCCCUCUGCACUAUUGAUGGGCAGCGACACAACAUGGGUGAUGUCGAUGUCUUCUUCCCAUUGCAUUCAUGCAGCUGGCCCUUCAAUUACUCUUUUGCUAUCAAACAGUUGGGGUCUGAUGAAGUGCAUAGAUUUGUAGGCAGCGAAACUCCACAAAAUUUUCCACCCUCAUUAAGCCAACUUUUCCCCUCAUCGCCGUCUUCUCUCUCUUCCUUGAAUCCUCUCUCCCUUCCCGGAUCUCUCCUAAUCUCAUCUCUUCUGCAUAGGAAUGUGCAGACGGCGGAAAAACGUUUCACUAAACUGUUGAGUGGGUACGAGAAGUUAGUGAGAGAUGAUGAGGACGGGAGAGUGAGGUUGAAUGAAGAGUUGCACGAGGUUGUUCGAAAGCGAUCCCACAAUUGGAAAUCCGUUGCACACUCUCUGGCCGCCUAUAAUUGCUUUCCUAGAGGCACAUGUGUUGAAGAAACAUUGAACAUGAGCAUGUUGGCCAGUUGCUUGGAGGUUGAUGCUCGAUCACUGGCAUUGAUGGCCGCAUAUUACGCGAAUGGCGGACGAUGUCCUCUGUCGAUGGAAAUGCCCACAUACAUCCGGUCAGCAGUCACACUUCCAAAAAUAGAACACCAACAGUUGACAAUGACCAGAAACACGUUAACAUUUAUGCACUCGUCCUCGACGUUUUCUCGCUCCAUCCAUCUGCCUAUUUGUACUUCCCUAACUGGGGCCAUGAUUUUAGUCGUGAAUGGAGUUUUAGGGAUGUGCCUGUGGUCCCCACCACUCAAUGAUGAGGGGUUGAGCUGCCGAGGCAUCGAGUUUUGUCGGGAAUUUGUUAAAAGAUUUAAUCUUCAAAAUUCGGAGUUCACGGGCUUUGGGGUGAAAGAUGACCCGAGGGUAAGAAGGUCAUUCAAGAAGGUUGGUCAUAUGGGGGAGCUGUUGUUUGCUGCUUACAGGGGUGAUCUUUCCUCCCUACGUAACAUGCACAAGAGUGGCCUGAACAUGAACGCCAGAGACUACGACGGGAGGACCGCCCUGCACGUCGCCUGCUCUGAAGGAAAUCUCGAUUGCGUUAGGUACCUGAUAGACGAAUGUAAAGUGGACAUGGAAGCUGUGGACAGGUGGAACCACAAGCCGCUACAUGAGGCCACUCGGCUCCAGCGUCGCGAUAUACAAGAUUACCUUGUUAAUAAGAUUAAUAGUAGAAUUAGUAGUGGCGGGGAUGAUUUAAUUUUUGAAUGAAUGAAUUAAUUAAUUAAUGAAUUAAUGAAUGAAUUAAUGAAUGAAUGAUUGAAUAAUUGAUCGAUUGACUAGGCAAACAGAAAGAGUUAAACUUCUAUUGAAUAAUACUUAACCGCAGAUUAAAGAAUUAUUAUCGAGAUAUUUGACGAUUUUUGUAAUCAUUACUAACAUUUUUUGUCAUUGUUCUUCAUCUUCUUUUUCAUCUUCUUUUUCUUUUUCAUCUUCUUUUUCAUCUUCUUUUUCUUCUUCUUCCUCUUAUUGUUAACAUUAACAUUAUUUUCAAGCAUCUAAUCGUAUAUUUCAUUUAACAUUGAAGGAAAAAAAAUUAAAAA